AUGACUUCCAGGUUGCAGAAGCAACUGGAGGACAAGAACAAGGAACUGCAGAACAAAAUCAAACUUCUACAGGAUCAGGAUACUCAGCUGAGAAAAACAACCCAACAACUAGAGGACAAAGAAAGACAACUUCUGGAUAAGAUCAAACAACUGGAAGGCAAGAACACUGAGAACUCCAAACUGGUCCAACAGAGAACUGACCUGCAGAAUGAGCUGAAGGCGCUUGAGAGCAGGAGCUCAACGCAGAUCUCUGGGUUGCAGAAACAACUGGAGGACAACAACAAGGAACUGCAGAACAAAAUCGAACUUCUACAGGAUCAGGACACUUGGCUGAGAAAAACGACACAGCAACUAGAGGACAAAGAGAGACAACUUCUGGAUAAGAUCAAACAGCUGGAAGGCAAGAACACUGAGAACUCCAAACUGGUCCAACAGAGAACUGACCUGCAGAAUGAGCUGAAGGCGCUUGAGAGCAGGAGCUCAACGCAGAUCUCUGGGUUGCAGAAACAACUGGAGGACAACAACAAGGAACUGCAGAACAAAAUCGAACUUCUACAGGAUCAGGACACUCGGCUGAGAAAAACGACCCAGCAACUAGAGGACAAAGAGAGACAACUUCUGGAUAAGAUCAAACAAUUGGAAGGCAAGAACACUGAGAACUCCAGACUGGCUCAGCAGAAUGCUCACCUACAGAAUGAUCUGAAGGAGCUGCAGACUUUUGUGUGGAAGUGGCUUCGUAAAACUGCAGUUGAUGUGACUCUGGAUCCUGAUACAGCAAACCCCUGGCUUGUCCUGUCUAAGGACAAGAAACAAGUGAGAGAUGGAGACAUAAAGCAGGAUCUCCCUGACAACCCAGAGAGGUUUAAUCCUGUUGUCAGUGUGCUGGGAAAAGAGGGGUUUUCUUCAGGGAGACAUUACUGGGAGGUGCAAGUUGGGGACAAAACUGAGUGGGAUUUAGGAGUGGCCAGAGAGUCCAUCAACAGGAAGGGAGACAUUUCAUUGAGUCCUAAUAAUGGUUACUGGACUAUCUGGCUGAGGAAUGGAAAUGAGUAUAAGGCUCUUGCUGAUUCCUCUGUGUCCAUCAACCUGAGUGUGAAGCCCCAGAAGGUGGGGAUGUAUGUGGACUAUGAGGAGGGUCAGGUCUCCUUUUACAAUGUGGAGGCCAGAUCUCAUAUCUACACUUUCACUGGAUAUAAAUUCACCGAGAAACUCUACCCGUACUUCAGCCCUUUUCUCAAUAACAAUGGUACAAACUCAGGACCACUGAUCAUCACUUCUGUCAGUCCAAUAGCAUGA